AUAAUAAUUGCCUGCGCCCGGCCUUUGCACCUGCGCUUGCCUCUGCGCCGCCGUUUGUCGCGCCCGCCGUCCUCUUGCAAAAGGCCUCUUCAAAUCUCCGCUUCUUGCUUCUUCUCUUCCAACCUCUUUCCUACCUCAUCCUCUCCUCUCCCCCAUCAACUCAACUUCAUCCUCAUCUCAUCCACUACCGAUCGCGCACGUAGCGCCAUCAGAUUGUCGUAAUCUCCAUCUUCCCCUGGACAUCCUUGCCUUGCUCGCUACAUCUGGCCGCUAGUAUCGUCAUUCCUACCGACCCUGUACAAUCAGGCAGGUGCUUCUGCUCAGACUGUAGAGAAGUCUGCCUCAUCGUACCCAAGGCUGUUACAGAACAAAGAGAAAGGCACAGCAAUACGUCUCGCGCUACCUUCUGCUAGCUACACCCCUGUACUUUGAAGGCUGUAAGACAUCUUGCGGAUAGCCUUGACGCGUCCGCUGGCUUUCGACCUGCUGCGUUCACCAAAUUUGAACUGUCUGCAGCAGCCUAGUCCAGCAGAUCUAUCACAGGAAUACUCUUUGGCAUCGGGGUUGUAGCAAGACUUCGUUGUUCACAAUGUCUUCUGCAGUAGCAGAGCUGGACGCGAUCCUGCAGUCCAUGCUUAAUCUGAAGCCACCCGGAGUUUCUGGUUCCAAGAUCACCGCCAUCACCUCACUGUGCACUGCCAAUGUCCAAUCUGAGUCAGUCCUGAUCCAGAAGAUCUACACACAUUUCAAAAAGACGCCGGGCACACACAAACUGGGAGUACUCUAUGUUGUAGACUCGGUAACACGACAAUGGGUAGAUCAAGCCAGAAAGGCUGGUCAACAGCUUGGUAGCGGAGCCCCUGACGGAACCUUCGCCGCUGGUGUGACUCGAGUGACUGAAUUGCUGCCCGUACUCAUGAACGAUAUCAUUGCUACAGCUCCAGAAGAUCAAAAGAUCAAAAUCAAGAAGCUCAUUGAAAUCUGGGAGCGCUCAAACACCUUUCCUGCUCCGUUGCUCGCUUCCUUGAAAGAGAAGCUUGAUGCACCAAGAGUCUCGACGACGCCAGAGAAGUCCCCAGCACCUGGAUUUGUUCCUCUAGGGCAACCAGCUGCCCCUACCAAUACUACCGCCUCAGCGCCUCCUCAGCAAGAUACCUCCGCCAUCCUCGAGGCCCUCAAGAACAUGGCCAAGCAGAACGCUUCAGCACCACCCGCCGCAAUCGCCGCAACGCCAACACCCGCGCCAUCUAGUUUGAAUAAUCUGUUAGGCACGCAGAAUGGGACCCCUCAGCCGACCAGUACCGUAAACCCAGGCCCUGCUCCCGCUGCUGUUGCCUCCAAUGGGCAGGCUGUAAACCCCCUUGGAGCUCUAUUCGCUGGACUGAGUAAUGGUGCACAAAGUCAGAGUCCCGCAAAUGUACCUCAGAAUUCGCUUGCUGCGUUUCUUCCUCAGCCACAAGCUCCUGCUCCAGCGGUGCCGCAGAAUCCCGCUCCUGCUCCUGCUCCCGCUGCUCCCUUAGGCCAAGAUCCUCAAGCUCAGCUUCAAGUUUUGCAGUUGCUGGCUGCUCAAGGCGUCCCGCCAGAUCAAUGGGCUACCGCUCUCCAAUUGUUGAACAUGCAAAGUGCCAACGCCAAUACUGGUGGUGUUCCCGGGCUUCCCUUUGCACCCCCAAUCCCAGCAAACAACUGGGCUGGUCAGCCAGCGGGUCAGUCACGUGACGCCCACACCCGCUCUCCCCCGGGUCAGUAUCGACGUCGGUCUCGCUCUCCAGGGUAUGAUAGACGCCGAGAUCUAUCUCCAAGACGUCGUCGGGAUAGCCCUGGCCCCGAUCAUUACCGUAAUGACCGUGACGGCAGACGCGGCAAUGAUUACCGCCAACGCAGCCCGGCUGGUCGGCGCCGUCGUCCUUCGACACCGCCUCCCGUCGAUUACAAACUACCGCCACCAGGCCCCAAGAACGUGACCUGGGAUACGUCUCUGCCCAAGGGCCACAUCAAAGUGUACAGUCGGACGCUCUUUGUGGGCGGGGUUACUUCCAGUGAAGCACAUUUGCGAUCCAUUUUCAGCAAGUUUGGCGUGGUUCAGACCUGCAUCGUCAAUGUGGACAAACGUCACGCUUUUGUGAAGAUGAUCAACCGUCGGGAUGCUGAGGCUGCUCGCAACGGCCUGGAAGAGUACAAAACGGGAGACACACAACUUCGUACCAAAUGGGGAGUUGGCUUUGGACCACGUGACUGCAGCGACUAUGCAACUGGCAUUAGUGUCAUUCCCAUCGAACGUUUGACCGAUGCUGACCGUAAGUGGUUGGUCACCGCCGAAUAUGGAGGGACAGGUGGUCUUCCAAUCGAGCAAUUCAUGGUCGUUGAGGAACCCGAUAUUGAGAUUGGUGCUGGUGUUUCAUCCAAAGCCAUGAGCCGGCGCAUUGCUACCGAUACAGGAGGCAGACGCGGCCCACAAUCCUCGCGCCAUCCUGGCGGCCGCGAUGAUAGACAUCGUGAUGACGAUCGCCGAAUGGAUCGAAAUGACAGAACAUCCGGCUCCGGCAACAUGCCCGUGAUGCCGUUUCCCAUGAAUUUCGGAAAUGUGUCGAAUGGCAUGCCUGCCUUUCAAAGUGGCUUCCAAUUCACUCCGCCCCAACAAAGCAAGCAGGAUUAGACUUGCUCGCCCCGAAAGCAAUUGGACAUAAUGACUGCGGCUUUUGGCGGGAUGGUGACCUGGGUUCCUUCGUGGGUUGCGGUCUAGGAUGAUACCCUUGUACAUGUUUGAUUACUACAUAUUGGCGUUUGGGAAAUAGGAGGGCGGUUUGUUCACGCCUCAGGUCUUUGCUGGCGCAUCACCAGGGAAUUGCGCAAUAGGAGCCUACUUCGAGUUUGUCAUGGUUGAUCAUUGCAAUCUGGUAAUGUGGGCUACUUCUUUCUCCUGCACAGAAGUGUUCGAGUCAAAUAAAAUUGUCGUUGAGCAAAUGGACUAGAAUCUCGAUGUUUUCCUUGAUGAUGACCAAGAACAGAAUCUGUGAUCGUGUCCUGGUAACUGGUCGUAGUCAACUUGAGGAACUCUUUCCUGGCAGGCCCUUGGAA